AUGUACUCUCAACAGCCAGGCAGCGGACUGGUCCUUCUGCUGACUAUGCUGGCAGGACUGCAGAUUUCAGUGGAAGGCACCCCCGCAUGCAAGCCAGGAUUCUCACAGGACGUGUACAGCGUAGUGGUGCCUGGUGUGACGAAGGCGGGGCAGCUCCUUUUUAACGUGGGUUUUGUGGACUGUGGAAGAGGCCCGGUGAAGUUCGAAAGCAGCAGCCCGUCCGAUUUCCGGAUAGAAGAGGGCGGCGCAGUCCACGUGGUUCGGGAUCUAGAGCUGUCUACGUCUUCAUCUUUGACAAUAAAGGCCAGCGACGUUGCCACCAAACAGCAAUGGACCACACAAGUCAAGAUGUCUGCUCAGUCCAAGCAGACGCAAGAAGUCUCCACGUCGCAGAAUGUGAAGGAAAUCGUGUUCCCGUCGAUAAACGCAGACAGCACACUGAAGCGCAGGAAACGAGACUGGGUCAUCCCCCCAAUCAACGUCCCCGAAAACUCCAGAGGGCCCUUCCCCCAGGAGCUCGUCAGGAUCCGCUCCGACCACGACAAGAACCGCUCUCUCCGCUACAGCGUGACGGGACCAGGAGCCGACCAGCCCCCCACCGGCAUCUUCAUCAUCGACCCCAUCUCCGGAGAGCUGUCGGUCAACAAGCCCCUGGACAGAGAGCACAUCCCCAACUUCCACCUGAGAGCUCACGCCGUGGACCUCAACGGCAACCAAGUCGAAAACCCUAUUGACAUCGUAAUCAAUGUGAUCGACAUGAACGACAACAGGCCCGAGUUCAGCCAUCAGAUGUGGAACGGCACUGUUCCGGAAGGCUCCAAACCAGGGACGUUUGUCAUGACCGUCACAUCCGUGGACAAAGACGACCCCAAGACGGCCAACGGCAUGCUCCGCUACAAGAUCCUGUCCCAGAACCCCGAGAGCCCCAGCUCCAACAUGUUCACCAUCAACAACAAGACUGGAGGCAUCAUCACCGUGGCGGCCGGCCUGGACCGAGAGAAAGUGUCUCAGUACACGCUGAUCAUCCAGGCCACGGACAUGGAGGGGAAUCCCAUGUACGGUCUGUCGAACACGGCCACGGCGGUCAUCAGGGUCACCGACGUCAAUGACAACCCACCGGAGUUCACUGCAGAGACGUUCUUCGGCGAGGUGCCUGAAAACCGUGUGAAUGUCAUCGUGGCGAACCUGACGGUGACUGACAAGGACCAGCCCAACACGCCGGCCUGGAACGCAGUCUACAAAAUCACCGGGGGCGACCCCACCGGCAGCUUUUCUGUGCCCACUGAUCCAACCACUAACGAGGGCUUAGUUACAGUCGUCAAGCCUAUUGACUUCGAAACAAGUAGGACGUACGUGCUGACCGUGGAGGCCCGGAACGAGGUGCCUCUGGCCAGGGGCAUCCACUCCCCGCGCCAGUCCACCGCCACCGUCUCCAUCAGGGUCAUCGAUGUCAAUGAGAGCCCUUACUUCCAGCCUGACCCCAAACUCAUUAGGCUGGAGGAGGGAAUGCCACCCGAGUCCACCCUGACCACAUUCACCGCCCAGGACCCUGACCGCUUCAUGCACCAGAACAUCAGGUACUCCAAGCUCUCCGAUCCUGCCCAGUGGCUACGGAUUGACCCCAACACCGGGCGCAUCACAACAAUGGCCGUUUUGGAUCGGGAAUCUCCCUUUGUGAAGAACAGCCUGUACAACGCAACAUUCAUGGCUACCGACAAUGGUCAACCAUCAGCCACUGGGACCGGCACGCUGCAGAUCUACCUGCUGGAUAUAAAUGACAAUGCCCCCAAGGUGUUCCCCCAGGAGGUAGAGAUCUGUGAGAAACCAGAGCCCAACGCCAUCAACAUCACGGCUGUGGACGGAGACCUCAACCCCAACGGCGGGCCCUUCGCCUUCGAGCUGGCACACCGGCCCAUAGACGUGCGGCGGAACUGGACCAUCACCAGGAUAAGUGGUGACUACGCACAGCUGAGUUUGAAGAUCGGAUAUCUGGAGAGCGGGAUUUACGACCUGCCCAUUAUUAUCACCGAUUCGGGCAAUCUCCCCAUGUCCAACACCUCCUACCUGCGCAUCAAGGUGUGCCAGUGCGACAUCAACGGAGACUGCACCGACCAGCAGCACAUCAUGGCGGCGGGGCUGGGCACGGGCGCCAUCAUCUCCAUCCUACUGUGCAUCAUCAUACUCCUGAUCCUGGUCCUGAUGUUCGUGGUGUGGAUGAAGCGCAGGGAUAAGGAGCGUCAGGCCAAACAGCUGCUGAUCGACCCCGAAGACGACGUGAGAGACAACAUCCUCAAGUACGACGAAGAGGGCGGCGGAGAGGAGGACCAGGAUUACGACCUGAGCCAACUGCAGCAGCCCGACACGUUGGAGCACGACACCAUCAAACCGGUGGGCAUCAGGCGCAUGGACGAGCGACCCCUGCACCCGGAGCCCCAGUACCCCAUGAGGUCCGCUGCCCCCCAUCCCGGAGACAUCGGAGACUUCAUCAACGAGGGUCUUAAAGCUGCGGACAACGACCCAACGGCGCCCCCUUAUGACUCACUGCUGGUCUUCGACUACGAGGGCAGCGGAUCGACGGCCGGAUCUCUCAGCUCUCUCAACUCUUCGAGCAGCGGCGGCGAUCAAGACUACGAUUACCUCAACGACUGGGGCCCGCGGUUCCGGAAACUGGCGGACAUGUACGGAGGCAGCGACGAAUAG